CAGCCAGUCGCCGUCGUGGCUACAACACCACCAGUCGGCUCUUCCCUCACGCCCUUUUUAUAAGAUCCCCUCCUCCAUAUCUUCUCCCAACAAGCUAAUACAUCCUCACUACCACCACCCCCCUCACUCCAAAGUAUUGCUACCUUGUGACAGUGUGGAUCAUGCACUAGGACCAUAAUAAUAAGUGCUUCUUUUUAUUGAUAAUCUCCUAACGUCAAGAGAGUCUGCCUCUGGGACGUCGACAGCAUGCAGAUGUUAAGGUGGAGUUUGCUGUUGCUGGUAGCGCUGGCCUCGUGCGAGGCCUACCCUAAUAAUGAACGCCGCCGCCUCCUCUUCAGUGCCCGCAAUCGACCGAAUCUCCUCUCCCGCCGCACGGGCACCACCACUGAGUCUCCCACAGACUCCGCCACUGAACCAGCACCACAGGAGGAGGACCCCGAGACCCAGGUCCCCCUACGUAGGCCGAGUAUGAGAUUCGGUCUGCGGCCAGGGUCAAUGUCCCUGAAGAGUAAGAUCAACGAACAGCGGACCGAGAAGGUGGAGGAGGAAGAGACUCACCCGGAGGCGAAGGAGACUGUGGUCAUCAUUGACCCUCAGCUGGGCCAGGAGUAUGUCGCCCUCGCCACGGGUGAAGACGCCGCCGAGAAAGCUCCUGCGAACAGACCAGAGCCCGAGAUCCUCACCAAGCCCAUCCCCGGACAGGAAUUUGUGGCCUUCCAGGCAUCUCCUCCUAUCUCGGAUAGUGUCAUCACAGCCGAGAACGGAGAGCUCGUGUACGUGGGUAUCGAUGAGACCUCAGAAGGACCAGCUGCCAUAGCUGUGGAGACGAUCCCCGAGGUCGCCCACGAGGAUGUACCUUCUGUCGCCGACCAGCAGAUCAUCGAAUCGGAGCUCGACGCCAUCCUCCUUACUCCUGACGAAGUCGUUCCUAUCCUGGAGGAGGCACCAGUGACCGAGACGGCUGACCUCUACAAUGAAGCUGUGGCCGAGAUCGAUUUGGUAACUGUGCAGCCCGUGGAGGAGUUGAUCAUGACUCCCGCGCCCCUGAAGAAGGUGACGGGAAUGGAACCAGAGUUAGAGACUCUAAUCUCCGUGGUAACCAGUCUCCCGACCCAGCAGGUGGAGGGCGAGAACAUGCACGUGGACCACCACAGUGAGGUCGAGCACAGUUACGUGGACCCCGAGAACGAGACCUUGGAGUACGACUACUACUACGACUAUGAAGAGUUCAAUGACACCUAUCCCCUGACUGACUCCACUCUGGGAGCUGUCCACGCUAACCACACUGAACUUGUUCAUCACACUGAGACUCUUCACAAGAAUGAAUCUGCUCCAGAACCUGAACCUGUCUCAGAACCUGAACCUGUCUCAGAACCUGAACCUGUCUCAGAACCUGAACCUGUCCCAGAUCAUGAAACUGUCCCAGAACAUGAAACUGUCCCAGAACAUGAAACUGUCCCAGAACCCGAAACUGUCCCAGAAUCUGAAACUGUCCCAGAACCUGAACCUGUCUCAGAACAUGAACCUGUCCCAGAACCUGAACCUGUCUCAGAACAUGAACCUGUCUCAGAACAUGAACCUGUCCCAGAACCUGAACCUGUCUCAGAACAUGAACCUGUCCCAGAACCUGAAUCCGAGACCGUAUAUGAAGAGAUCUCGACCCUGGCUCCUGAAGCCGCCACGGAGGUGCCGGUGGAGGCGGAGGCCUCCGUCAAGGCUGCUCGCUCAGAUGAACCAAACAUUGAGAUCCUGAACGCUGGCGAGAAGGAGCAGAAGAACCCACCCGUCAAUGACCUCUACGGCAAGUACUUCGACGAGAGCCAACUUGACUUCGGGAAGGGUGCCAACGAAAACCAGGAGAAGCUUCUCUUCCCCUCUGAGACGGAACAGAAGACCAGGAGCAAGAUUGAGAUCAAGGAAGUGAACGGCCAGCUGUAUGAGUAUGAGUAUAUUUACUACUACGACGACGAGUACCCGGUGUAUGACGACGGGGACACCGCCGCCGUCGAUGUGGACUCACCCACAGAUCCAGCGGCCCCCACCCCAGACACAGCCGACCCCGCUACAGACACAGCCGACCCCGCCCUUCCUGCCGAAGACCCCGACACCACCACCACCAGCACCACCACUACCACUACCACUUCCACCACUACACCUCCUCCUACUACAACUGCUACCACCACCACCACUACCACUGCUCGUGGCUUUGGCAGGGCCCGAGGGAGCAGCAGGUCACGUGGAACUAGCAGGAGCGAGACAGAGGAGAGCAGUGGAGCAGAAGAGAGUAGUAGGACUGACAGUAGGAGAACAGACAGCAGCAGGACAGAUGGCAGGAGGACAGACAGCAGGACAGACAGCAGGAGGACAGACAGCAGGACAGACAGCAGGAGGACAGACACCAGGACAGACAGCAGGACAGACAGCAGGAGGACAGACAGCAGGACAGACAGCAGGAGGACUGACAGCAGGACAGAUAGCAGGAGGACAGACAGUAGCACGAGAGAGAAUGGCAGGAACUCCUUCAGCAACAGGUUCCGUAGCAGCCGGCCAGUAGUUGAACCUCAGGAGGAGAAUGUGAUCGAGGAGCAAGAGAUAUCCCCAGCACGCGGGAGGACCUUCGAGUCCAGCCGAUCGUCAUCCCGCGGCAGAGGAAGUUUCCAAGGCCGGGAGAACACCAUCAACAACGCUGUACACGGCGUGACAGUCGAGGAGGACAAGCUGCCCGCCCAAACCCGCUUCCCACCUCGCACCACCACGCCCACGCCCUCCCGUUUCCGCGAGCCACUCUUCCAGGAAUCCUCACGCGUGGGUCUUGAUGAACAGGAGGAUGUUCCUCUUAUCCCGGAGGUGACAGGGGCUCAUGAUACACGGGGACGCCAAUCUUCUCGAGGUGGUCGGCUGUUUACCCCGGAGGUGUCGACGCCAGCGCCCGAGCUGGUCGAGGAGAUCACCACCGAUAUGCCUGACACUACAACCAUGUCACCAACUUCUCUUUCCAUCGUCAACCUUUACGCUCUCGCCCAGGCAGCCGACGCCGAGGACACGAAUGAGACCACCACACAGAUCCCUGACGCGGCGGACUAUAACACAGAGAUCCCCUUCGAGUACGUGGACUAUUAUGAUUACUCAGAUAUAACCACCGAGGGCCCCUCAUACCUGCCAGAGAACAUCACUGAACUUAGUGAACCUCAAGCAGAACCUGAACCUGAACCAGAACCUAGCACGGAGGAACCAACUACUUCUACCACAACCAGUACCACAACCACUACUACUACCACUACCACGACCACCACCACAACUCCAGAACCCACUACCACUGCUGCUCCAACCAGAGGCCGGGAACGAUUUGGAUUCAGGUCUCGCGGGACUUCUGCAGGUACUUUCGGUGGUCGUGACGGAUCCAGGCGGACUCAAGUCACCACAACAACUGCAAAACCACCUCAGGAGUCCAACUCCCGGCCAAGCUUGAGCAGACCAGUAAGCCGACUCGGUGCCAGAACUCGUUUAGGCAGCAACCGGUUCAGGAACCAACAAACGAAUGAACCAGAACCAGAAGUGACCACAGAGACCAAGAGAGUCGAGCUAGAGGAGUCGACUACAGAGGCGUCUGCCACCAGAGACAAUGGCGGCUUCAGGUCCAGAUUUAACAAACCUCGUAUCAGCUCCUUCGGGUCCUUCAGGUCUCGAGGAAGUACAAAGUCAGACACAGAAGCCACUGAGGCACCUACACGCAAGCCAGCACCCGCAUCACGACCCAAGCCAAACUUACCCUCAAGAGGCGGCCUCCGGAACAGGUUUAGAGGACGCGGAACGACAGAACCACCAGCUGUGACCGCCACUGAACCCACUCCUGAGGAAGGUGCUGUGGAUCCUACUGGAGAAGCCUUCGAGGAAAUUCAAGCUGUGGAAGGUGGAGAGUUGAGUGCAGAUAAUAUUGCGGAUCUAACUACCUCCGCUCCCGUCCCUACCAAGCCUUCAGUAACCCGUGGUAGAAGACCAAUGAACAGACAUCGCUUUGGCGGCAUCGGAGGAUCAAGAGGUAGGCGUCCGUCCGGCGAUGAGGGUGAGAAGUCCAAACCAGAAGCACGUGCAGAGCGGCCCAAGGCAGCCCCCACCGCUAGUUCUCCGCCUCCAAAACGCACCUCCUUCCUGAAUCGGGCUCGUCCAUCUCGCCUCAGGAACAACAACAGGAACCAUGGAGGUUCUCGCACUGAUGCCACGGAGACUCCUGCUGAAGAAACUCCCCAAGUUAAUAUCGCUGCUGAGGACUUUGUUGUUGAAGAAGUCGCUGAUCAAGACACAGCUGCCGCCGCCCCUGAGGAAGCGGCACAGGAAGAAACACCCAGUGAAGCCACGGAACCUAGACGAGGAGGCGGCGGCGGCAGGCGUGGUGGCGGCUUCUUAAACCGCCGUUUUCGCACCCGGCAGCCCGCAGCAGGCACUCGGGCACCAGCCAAGAAGCAGAAGGUAACAACACCUGCUCCUGCACCGAGAAAAUCCAGCUCGUCGCUCCUCAGCCGGAGAAGAAACCGUCCUGGGAAGCGCAACGAAAACGCCGCCAAGGCGGAGGCCGACCCUGCCCAGGACGCACCUGUAGACGCUGAAGCACAGCCAGCAGAAGAACAACAUCAGCUCGAGGGAGAAGUUUUCGACGACGGGGUGGUGGAAGAGGCGGCGCCCGUCGAGGCAGAACAACCACAGGAACCGUCGGAGGAGCCUAAUAGAGGGAACAACGGGCAGAGACCCCGCAACAGGUUCUCCUUAUUCAACAGGCGCCGCAACAGAAGCUAGAGAGCGUCCCGUCCUCCCAACUCGUCUCCCUCCAUACUUUCCCUUCCUCCUCUCCUCUCCGCAUCCUCCUAAGUCUUUCUCACCCCCUGUUUCUCUUCUUUGUCAUCUCUUUCCUUCUCCAUCUCCUCCAUCUCCUCCUUCUCCUCCACUCUUUCUUCCCUUUCUCCUCUCCUCAUCAUCCACAUCAUCAUAGUCAUCACCGUCAUCACCCCAGUGAGCUUCAUCGUCGUCGACGUCAUCAUCGGAGGUCUGGCCUUCGUCAGAUGGUGGUUCUUGACUCUGGGGGCCCAUGAGAGGGCCAUCCUCAUGACGCUGCUGUAAGCCAACCCUAAUUGGCACUGUAUCACACCAGCGUCUGUGGCACCAGUAGACACCAGGGCCAAGUAUCCUGCAGGUCGACAGACAGACACAGUAAAUCAAACUAAUCCUGACGAUCAUUCCUGAGCCAGGAAGGGUGUGUGGCAUACGCCCCUCCUCUCACCAUGUUCCUGUACCUCAACAUUAUAGAACUUCCCUCUCAUCAAACAUCACCUUAGCACACCUGACCUUUGACCUGAGACCUUACCUGACCUCAAAUUCCCCCCAGAGUAGGGAGGGUCAGGCCUGGCCGGAUAGACUCCACACGAGUGAUCUUGGUUGUGGCACCAAGUUUCGUGUUUCUGAUACUUCCCGCCAAUGUGUCCCUAACGUGACCCAGAACAAUAAGGGCUUAAAGAGCUCCCCAGUACUCUAGAUAUUAACCUUUAGAGCCCUGGCGCACCAGUCGACUUGGACCAUGUGAUAAAACGUCCUUCUUUCAUGAACCUUGUAGAUAACGAUUUCAUUUGACCUUAUUUAAUGAAUCGUAGACUGUGUAAAUAUUUUGUAUUCGUAUUUUUUAAAGAAAAAUAUCCUUCUCUCUACUAAGUAUUAUAUGGCCACGAUUUACAGAUCUUAUACCCGUACAGCGAGUGUAAACUGCUGUAGUUUAUAACAUGGAGAUAUAUGAUCAACCAAUAGCCUUUUUAAUCCGAUUUUAAAAACAAUUUUAAGCUUAUGUCGUUUAGUGCUUGCUCUAAGGUCUAAAUUAUCCACAGUUUCAUUAUGACAUUGAUAAUCAAACAGACGUACACCAUCGUCAGUGUUGCAACACAUGUCUCACAAUUUUUUUGAACUCAAUAUUUUCUAUAAAAAAAUCCAAUAUUGUUUUUGUGUAGGCGAAAUAAGUUUUGCAAUUAUACCAGACAGUUAAUUCCAGUGGGAUAUAUAUAAGUUUCUACUAUAUAUCAAACUUUUCCCACUGUGAAACAUGCAUAAAGAUAAUAUUGUGUGAAUGUAUGUAUGUUUAAGGAACGUGACUCCCCAGAGGCCCGUUCUGCUACGUCUGCUGCUAACCCGUGACGUCACGUAAACAAACGUGACGUCACAGGCAUCAUGACGUUACGGAACGAGCUGCUUAAUGCUGACCUCUGCGAGUGUCAUUCAAUAGGACAUUGACUACCUUUCUUCUUUUCUUAUAAAGUAAAGGAAUGAAAAAAUUAUCCUACACAGACAACCUCAACACCUUACAGUCUCAGCCAUCACAAACGAGAAUUUUAGUACGACGUUAAGUCAUUAUUUUGCCAUUAAAUUUGUAAAACAAAAUUUUCUUAAUAUAAUUAUGUUAAAGAACUUA